CAGGAUGAUGGCCGCGGCGCCAACAGAUGUCGUCCAGUCUUUUUCAUCCUCAUCCUCCUCCGCCUCUCGAUGGAGUUACGAUGUGUUUUUGAGUUUCAGAGGCGAAGACACACGGGAUAACUUCACACGAAAACUCUAUGACGCUCUGGUCGGCCGAAGGAUCGAAACAUUCAAGGACGAUGAGAAGCUGAAAAUAGGAGAUCUGAUCUCUGAAGCCCUCAAAAAGGCAAUCAAAGAAUCAAGGUUCGCCAUUAUCAUAUUCUCGAGGAAUUAUGGUAAUUCCAGAUGGUGCCUAGAAGAACUCGCCUUGAUUAUGGAAUGCUGGGAAAAACAUCAUGGCCAAAAGGUUUUUCCAGUUUUCCUCAAGGGUGUCGAAGGAUCGGACGUACGGCGUCAAAAGGGGAGCUUUGAGGAGCCUUUUCGCAAACACCAAGAGCGCUUCGAGCCAGAGAUGGUGGAAAGGUGGAGGUCAGCUCUGAAAAUAGCAGGUGAACUCCGUGGAUGGAACUUGAAAGACGAACAAGGGGAUGAAGAGAAGUUGAUUAAAAGGAUAGUGAAAGACGUCUCCGAUGCGUUGAGUGAAAGACCACUUUUUCCAAAGCCUGUGAUAGAGAUGCCAACCGAGUCAAUCGAAAUUCAGCCAUCAACUCAAUGCAUGCUGCAGCAGAUUCUUGAAUGCAUAGGUGAUCAUGAUCCAUGUUUUGCCAUCAUUGGAGUAUUUGGUAUGGGAGGAGUGGGUAAAACCACUCUGGCCAAACAAGUAAACAAUCGUUUGGAAAAAGAUUUGGCCAGAGGAGUAAAGAUACCUUUUGAGAUUGUGAUAAUGGUUACAGUGUCUGCCACUCCCAACUUACCAAGUAUCCAAACUAGUAUCGGUAAGCGCUUGGGAUUAAUACAAGAUAAUAUUGAGGCUAAUGCAUUAUUUGAAGCCCUAAGGAAGAAGAAAUUUCUACUAAUUUUGGAUGAUGUGUGGUGUGAAUUAAAGCUCGAGGAUGUUGGAAUCCCUUACCCUUCAGACGAAAAUGGAAGCAAGAUCUUAGUGAUCAGUCGAAAUCAAGAUACUUGCACUGAUAUGGGUGCUAGUAAAACAAUAAAAGUGCAACCAUUAUCUGAUGCCGAGUCGUGGAAGCUUUUUGUUACAAAAGCUGGUGAACAUGUUGUUGCCGAUAAUAUAAAGCACUUUGCUGAAAAAAUUGUUGGAAGGUGUAAGGGUCUUCCCCUAGCAAUUGUGAUUGUUGCUCGCGCAAUGGCAAAUCGACAUGGAGUUGGGGUGUGGGAGAAUGCCUUAAGGGAAAUGAAGCAAUCAGCAAAAGAUCUCCGAGGAAUGAUAGAUAGAGUAUUUGUUCCUUUGAAAUUCAGUUUUGAUAGAUUGGAGAAUGCAAUGCUUAGGAGUGUAUUUCUUUAUUGUGCAUGUUUUCCUGAAGACUAUGACAUUGGGAAAGAUGAGAUGUUAAAUUAUUGUGUUGGAGAGGGAUUAGCAGAUACACUAGGGAGUUUGAAAGCUGCUAGGGAUAAAGGUGAGGAUUUGAUUGAAAGCUUGAAAAUUGCUUGCAUGUUGGAAGAUGGAGAGUUGAAAGGUAGUGUGAGGAUGCAUGAUAUGAUGCGAGAGCUUGCACUUUGGAUUACAUCUUCAGAAUACUCUGGUAGUAGCCCCAAAUUUUUGAUAAGGAUUGGUGAAUCAAUUAAAGAGGAACUACAGGCUCAUGCAUGGUUAGAUGCAACAAGGAUUUCACUAAUAAAUAUACAAAUAAAGGAGUUGCCAGAGUUGAGAGGGACGUGCCGAAAACUAACCACUUUGAUAUUCAGGGGUUUUCUAUUUAAGGUGAUUGGAACUUUUAUUCCCGCAACAAAUUUCUUUCAACACAUGGAUCAUCUUAGCAUACUUGAUCUUUCUAACUUGCAUCAAUUGGAAUAUUUCCCAGAUUCCUUAUCAUGUUUGGUGAAUCUUAAGGUGCUUCGGCUACAUGGUUGUAUAAGGUUGAAAGCAUUGCCUGCACUGGGAAUGCUCCAACAGCUCCAAGUUUUAGAUUUUUAUGGUUGUACUCAAUUACAUCAGCAAAUCCUCGGAUCUGAAUGUGUGGGAGGUUUAAGUAAUUUAAGAUACUUGAAUGUGGAUUAUACCCAAGUUUCUAUUCCAUCGGGGGUAAUUUCUCGUUUGCACAAAUUGGAGGAACUGACAAUGUUUGGAGCGCGUAAAAUAAAAUGGAAGGUGAGUUCUGGUGAUGAUGAAAAAUGUAAUAUUAUAAGGAGUAGUACUACUGGGUUUGAUUGUAGUAAAGGACAAUCAAGGGAUGAGGAGGACACGAAGACGAAGAAUAUGAUUGAUGUGGAGGAGUUGUCCCACUUGACCUGUUUAACAUCUUUUUCCAUUUGCUUCCAAGAUAUCAUUAUUUCUGAUUGGUUCAAACCUUUGGCCAAAAAGAUAAAGAGAUUGGAACUGAGACAUUGUAGAGUUGUAAAACAAGAUGCUCUACAAGCUCUCAAUGAAUCCCAAAAUCUACAGGACUUACUAAUUAAGGAUUGCUCGGGUGUGACAUGUCUGCCAAUUCGUGUUGGGGGUUCUCUUAUAAUAGAGAAUUGUGAGGAGUUGGAGGUGGUGUUGGACGGAGCAGAUGAUGUCUACCACCACCACCACGAUUCCCUUCAGGUGUUAAACCUAAAAAGAUUGCGAAAUUUGAAACGAAUGGUAUGUGGUAAGAGUAAUCUUGCACCAGUAAAUUGCUAUGGUCAACUAACGUGGAUACAUUUAUUUAAAUGCAAUAGCUUGAAGAUGAUCUUCACCAAGGAAAUGCCACGCCUGUUCAACAACUUGAAGGUAAUUGAAGUUGAAUCUUGCCAUAGAAUGGAAGUAAUAAUUGAAGCAGCAGAUCAGGAAGAAGAACAAGAAGAAGAAGAAAAAAUUGGGGAGGAGUUGGAAGUCAUGAUCUCACCAUUCCCAAGAUUGGAGACUUUAGUGUUAGUGGAUCUACCAAAACUAGUUGAAGUGUGGAUCAAUCACAUCUUGCAUUGCCCAUUUAUAAAAUUUGUGAGAGUAAGCGACUGUUCAAAGUUAAAGAAAGAUCCUCUCCACGUACGAAACGGGGACGGAUUACUUAUUGUCAUCGAGGAGAAGAAGAAAUGGUGGAGUUCCACACAUUUUCUUCAUUGA